AUGCCUGACUUCCUAAUCGACCUUCUCAAGCGCAACAAGUCCGCAGUAAGCAAGCAGCCACUGGAUGUUCUGCAAGACUCAGCCUCGGAAAUGACAUUGAUCGAGAAAGCAAACGCAAGACCGCGUCACGUACAAAAGCACAAAAACAGACAAACAAACACGCAUUUCAAUCCGGCCGAUCUUUGUUUCGGCUCAUGCUGCCGCAACUGA